UGCAGUGUGGAGGGGCCAGUGCUGUGUAAGUGAGUGUCUGACAGCCACGCUCAGAUCAGCCAUGAGGAUACAAAAUAAUGUAGGUGUAAAGACUUCAUUUGUAAGAGAGAGAGAGAGAGAGAGAUUAUUCAUAUUUUGCACUGUGUUUUCUCGCAUGUUACUGUUAUCACCUGGCAGCCGCCGAAUAAGACGGUUAAUUGUUACCUGGAGCGACUCCUGCUUAUGGAACCCGCGUGUCAUUGCGGUCUUCGUUUUGCAAACAGAAUGCACUUAUUUACGUACAUACGUCUGUAACUGCAUUCAGAAACCUAGUGUAUUAUCUACAGGUAUGCUGAUAUCGAAGAAGAAAUAACGGAUAAUAAAUAAGGAACAAUGGUAAUUAUAUAUGUAGACACUGCAAUAGUGUAAAACAAUGGGUGGCAACCUUCCAGUCCUUGGACGGGAACAAGGUACUACAUGCAGUGUGUGUUGUGCAUCACAGAGUGUGAGAGCUGGCAAGGUGGCGUAGGUGUUGCGUGCAGGCGUCCAGGGACCAGCAGGAUGGUGGGGGAUUCACGGCUGGCCUGGCCUGACAUCCUGGUCAUGUGCGGAUACUUUCUAAGUGUUCUUGGUGUAGGCGUGUGGUCGUCUCGGAAGGGUCAGGGUAGCACCAUGUCGGGCUACUUCCUCGCCUCCCGCAACAUGAACUGGGUCCUCGUGGGCGGUUCCCUCUUCGCCAGCAACAUUGGGUCGGGGCACUUCAUCGGCCUGGCUGGGGCGGGGGCGGCGUCUGGGGUGGCAGCUCAUGGUUACGAGCAAGGGGCGAUCUAUGGGCUGCUGCUUCUCGGGUGGGUGUUCGUUCCGGUGUACAUGAGUGCCGGUGUUUAUACCAUGCCGGAAUACCUGAAGAUGAGGUACGGGGGUCAUCGCAUCAGAGUCACCCUGACUUGUCUUUCUCUGGUCCUCUACAUCUUCACUAAAAUUGCCGUGGACUUGUACGCAGGGGCGCUCUUCAUCCAGCAGGCCAUGAACCAGACUUCCCAAGGAGCCCUGUAUGGAAGUGUGGCCGUGCUGCUUGCAGUGGCUGCCGUGUUCACCAUCGCCGGCGGCCUCACCACCGUCGUGUACACUGACCUGCUGCAGACCAUCCUUAUGGUGGUGGGCGCCCUCGUCCUCGCCGGCAUGUCUUUCCAUGCAGUGGGCGGCUACAGCAACUUAGUGGAGAAUUUUCCCUACGCCAUGCCCACGGUGGUGAGCCUGGAUGCCCACAAUCAGACGUGUGGACGGCCGUCCCCCUAUUAUAUGAAUCUCUUGCGGCCCAUUGACUCUGAAAAUCAUGACUACCCAUGGCUGGGCAUGACCUUUGGCAUGGCCGUCUUGCAGGUGUGGUACUGGUGCACUGACCAGGUGAUCGUGCAACGGACCCUAGCCAGUAGGAGCAUGCUUCACGCCAAAGGAGGCACCAUCUUGGCAGCUUACCUCAAGUUCCUGCCGCUGUGGAUCAUGACAUUCCCGGGCAUGGCGGCGAGGAUCCUCUACCCGGACCGCGUGGCCUGUGCGACCGCCGAGCAAUGCAUGGCCGUGUGUGGCAGCGAGCGAGGCUGCACCAACUCCGCCUACGUGGAGCUGGUCCUCAACCUGCUGCCCGCGGGGCUGAGAGGAUUGAUGUUGGCGGUGAUGAUGGCUGCCCUCAUGUCCUCCCUUACCUCAGUCUUUAAUUCGGCUUCCACUGUCGUCAGCGUCGACAUUUGGCGCUUAUUGAGGACGAAUGGCCCGUCGUGGUGCCGCGGGUCGCCCUCUGAAAUAGAAAUGAUCGUGGUGGGCAGGAUCUCCGUGGUGCUGCUGGUGGUCGCCUCUGUCAUCUGGAUCCCCGUCAUUCAGACCUCCACAAACACUGAGCUCUUCAAUUACAUUAACACCAUCAUUGCCGCCCUCUGCUCUCCAAUCUGCGCCCUCUUCGUGCUCGCCCUCUUCUGCCCGAGAGUCAAUGAGCAGGGCGCCUUCUGGGGUUUGGUGACGGGACUCGUGGUAGGCACAGGGCGCUUCUUGGCGGAAUUCUCUUACGCAGUUCCUCCUUGUGGCUCAGAUAAACCAGAUCUGCGUCCAGCCUUUAUCAAGAAUGUGGUGGGGAGAAUUCACUACAUGCACUUUGCUUUGCUGUGUUGGUGGAUGACGGCGCUGAUGGCGUACAGCGUGUCCCUCGUCACGAAGCCCAUACCCGCUGAGAGAUUGUACCGACUAACUUUCUGGUCUAGACGAGAUCCAAGAGUACGCCUGGCUAAGGAGCCUUCCAGCAUCCAGGGUCAAGACAAACAGCCUUCCCGUGGCGACAUGGAGAAUCCCUCGUCCCCGGACCAGGACAGAAAUCAAGACACCAAAGGCGUGUGGUGGUGGCAGGCGGUACUGCGGGUGUGCGGGUCGUCUGGCGCGGCGGAGACUGAGGGGCAGGGCAAACGUGCCGCGGCAGACUUGACUGAUGAAGAGAAGGCCCAGAGAGCAGCGGACUUCCUCAAGGAGCCCCCUUACUGGAAGAGGGUCGUCAACAUCAAUGCCGUGAUCUGCCUCACAUUAAGUACUUUUGUCUACGGCUUCUAUGCCUGAGCAACAGAGCCUCCCCGUCUGCUUGCUACACUUUCAAAUGAAUACAAAUGAGAAAAAAAAAUCACAAUAACUGAACUCUUAAUUGAUUCUGUUUCCGCUCACUACAAGAAUUAAACCACCAAUAAUACAAAUAUACAAGAAAGAGAGCAGGAGACCAAAAAGGCAGCUAUACCAUAAAAUUUUCAAUUGAUAAUUUCUAAUUGGUAAUAGAAAUCGAAAUUUACAAUUGGUAAAGCUGUACUUGGUACGCGCAAAAGGAUAUCUAAGCGGAUGAGAAUAAUGUAAGUUGUGGAUUAGCUUCCUUCUCUUCAAUUUUAAAACACUUUUCCAAAUAUUUACUGCGCGACGGAAAAACAAGUGUUUCGCUUCGCUUGACAUGAACUGCUGAGCGACAAUCAUAAAUCCUUUUAAUCGGUUGACAAUGAAACAUUACGGUCAUCUGCGUUGAUUUUGUUGAAUCCUGUGAAAUGUGAUACAGUAAGCUUCUAUGAAGUCGCCUCACACAAUCAUUUAGAUGAGCUCUGUGAGUUCCUUGAGGCGUUCCCCGGGUGAUUUAUUUCGCAGUUUAGAAACGAUUUUGUUAUUCAAGCUUUCCAAAGCUUAUCAAUAUAUAUGCUUAUCUAUAAUGCGGAGACCAGCGUUGUGGAUGGUUUUCGAUACGUGGGCUUACAAGUGAAAGAAAAAAAAAAAUCAUGCAUGGUGCUCGUCAUUAGCAAGGAGGGACUGAUUCCACUCUGAUGGACUCCUUCGAUCGAUGCGAGUCACUGAUCUCACAAUGGAGAUCAGAUGUAUGAAUACUCCAGGAUAUACGAGUACACUGUAGUACUGGACAUUAGACGCAUUUGACAUGACCAACAUCACCGUUAUCUGACACAUCACUUUUUUUUUUUUUAUUUAUUAUUAUUAUUAUUAUUUUUAUUUAUUUUUUUUUCUUUGCUUACGGCUGCUAACUUGACUUUGGAGUCAUGACCAAGUCAUCGCUUAAGUGAGUAGAUUUUUUUUUUUUUUUUUCUGGUAUAUUUGCUAAUGGCAAACACUGUUGUGCAUGAUAGGGUAAAAGACGUUUAUAUGUGUUUAAGUGCACUUUUAGGUUAACUUUUUUCUCCUUUUUUUUUUUUCAAGAAAAGUCUUCAUGAUCGGUUUUUUGCUUCUGACGGCAAUUUAGAAUGAAAUGUGGUCACAAGCCAAGUACAGCAAUGUAUUCACAUAUUGAAUGCUUGAAUAAUACCCCCAAAAAGUAUAUCUGAACCAAAUAUACCAUCAUGAAUAUGAACUCAAUUAGAUAAUAGGCACAUUACUUGAAUAUUGUAUUUUAAUUCAAUGUAGUAAAUAUUAAAAUUAU